AUGUCUCUCGGGCAGCCCGUCGGGGCUGCACAGCCUAAGCACAGGCUGCCCGCAGAAAAAGCCUCGGCUUCUCCGCACAUCACCCAAAGUUGCGCCGCGCCUGCGCAAGACUUGGUUGCUGCUGCUGUGGUCGCUCUGCCUUCUUCUGCUGCCACCACCACCCUUCUGCAAGGCCCGUCGCGCUCGCUCAUUACUCAAGCUCGCCCUGCGCCUCCUUCCGCUGGCUCCGACCAAGACCGAGGCCGAGUCCUCGCACUGGACGUGCCAGCUUCACUCUGCUGCGCAGCUAGGAACAACACCACAUCCAUCCAGGCUGCCGGUCAGCCCUUGGACCACAACGACGCGCACAACAUGAGCACCUCCGGCAACAUCGCCGUCAUCCCAGAGCGGCCCGCCGAGAAGGGCUACUGGAAGAACGACUGGCAAAAUGUGGCCGACAAGCUGAUGGAUAUGCUUCUCACCUUGCGCCAAGACACCGAAGCCGGCUGGGAGGAUCGCGGCGCCUUCAACGGCUGCGAGAUCGCAAUCUACCCGCGCAAGCCCGACGAGCCCUUCUCGGUGAUGCCCAUGUUCCGCGGCAAGACGCAUGCUGCAGGCCUCACUCCGCUCGAGGUCUUUACGGGCAUCCGCAUGACCGGCUUCCGCAUGAUGUGGGACACACGAGUGCAGUCGGCACACAUCAUGCGCUCCUUCUCGAUGCACGAAUUCCUCUUUUAUCUCGUCUGGCGCGGCAUCGGGCCUAUCUACAAACCACGGGACAUCUGCGGCAUCCAGGCGCUUCGAUGCUGGGAUGCAGCCGGCAACUUGCAACGCACCCCGGACUUCACCACAACCAAGAUGAUCCUCGGUUACCAGAGUCUCGACGAGGUGCCGGGCAUUCCGCCCCAGGUGGAGGGAUGCGUGCGUGCACACGUCUUCAAGGCCGCCUUCUACCUCGAGAGCCGCGAGGGCGGUUGCGACAUCACCUACAUCGGCCACGUCGACCUUGCCGCUGCCAUCCCCAACUACAUUCUCUCCACCCUGCACAGCGAGUUGCCCAAGAGCACCGUGCGCCUGCGCGACAUGCUCCUCACCUUUGGCGUGCCGCCAGUGCUCAUCGACCGACAGGGCCGCAUCGCGCUCCAGUACCUCUCGUGCAAUCCCGAAACACGCCAGGUCUCGCUGCACGCCACCAUCAUGCAGGCCGGCAGCGUGCACCUCUACCUCGACUACAACAAGAUGUUCACACAGGGAGUCGUCAUCAGCAACGUUCUCGGCUCCGCAGCCGCCGCCAUCUCGGUGCGCGAACACUUUGGCUCCGAAGACGGCUUGGAGCGCAGGAUGCUCGCGCUCGAUCUGCUGCCCGAGGGCGUCGGCGGCGAGUUCAGACUCAUCAUCGAUGCGGCGGACAAGGAGGGGCCCGAGUCCGGGACCGGGCCAGGCUGGUGGUAG